AUGGAAGGUGAAGUUGGUGCUCACAAUGACAAUCAAAACCGGAGGCGCACUAUAGUUGGAGUUUCUGGGGCUGAUGAAGAGGCGCUAUUCAUGAGGUUGUUUCCAUUUUCUCUGAAUGGGAAGGCUAAGGCUUGGCUUCAUUCUCAGCCAAAUCAAAGCCUGACCACUUGGAGGGAUGUGGAGACUAAAUUCUUAGCCAGGUUCUUUCCCCCGUCCAAGAACACUAAAGCCAGAACUACUAUUUCUACUUUUGCUCAAGGUGCGGAUGAGCCAUUAUGUGAAGCGUGGGAGAGGUACAAAUCACUGUUGAGGAGGUGCCCCAAUCAUGGUUUUGAGGUGGAACAUCAAGUUCAUACUUUCUGUAAUGGGUUACAACCUCAAACCAAGAUGAUACUGGAUGCUUCUUUUGGAGGGUCAGUCAUGUUUAGAACUGCUGAAGAGGCUAUCACAAUCAUUGAGUCCAUGGCUUCCACAGACUUUAGGAGCCAGCAUGGUAGAAGCUCUUCACACAAGAGGGGAGUUUUGGAGCUGAGUACUCAAGAUGCAGUGUUAUCUCAAAACAAGAUACUUUCCCAACAGAUUGAAGCCUUGAAUCAACAGAUGGCCAAGCUUCCUCAACAACUUCAAGCUAUGCAAUCUAAUGCUCCUCCUAUGCAACAAGUUAUGUCGUGUGAUUUUUGUGGAGGUGACCACCCUAAUGGUUAUUGUGCUGGAUCAUCUAGUUCCCAAGGUGAAGCAGUGAAUUAUAUGGGGAAUCAAGGGCGGCAAAAUUUCUCUCAACACCCCUAUCCGCAAAAUUCAAAUCAGGGGUGGAGAAAUAACUAUGGUGGAAACAAGCCAGACAUGAAUGCUUCAUCAAGUAGCAGGCCUCCACAUCAACACCAACACCCACCUUUAUAUGAGAGAACCACCAAGUUAGAAGACACAUUGCAACAAUUCAUGCAAUUAUUUAUGUCCAACCAAAAGAACACCGAUGCUUCAAUCAAAAAUCUGGAGAUACAGGUGGGGCAAAUAGCAAAGCAGCUAGCAGAGCAACAAAAAGGUUCUUUCUCCCCCAACACCGAGCAAAACCCUAAGGGGCACUAA